UUAGGGGUUAAAAUUUGGAUCAAAGAAGAGAGGAAUGGCCAAUAGAAUGCAGUUGCCUAGCAUUAUUCUAGUUUGCUCCAUUUUAUCCUCUACCUUAAUCAAAUCCAUGGCAGUAGACACCAUCAGCAUGCAUCAGACGUUUCGAGACGGAGACACCAUCACAUCAGCUGGUGGAGAGUUUCAACUUGGAUUUUUCAGCCCAGGCAGCUCGACGAAUCGAUAUUUGGGCAUCUGGUACAAGAAAAUAUCAAGAGUGACUGUUGUAUGGGUUGCUAAUAGAGAUAGUCCUCUUGUGAAUACUUCAGGCUUCUUGCAAAUCAGCCGCGAGGGAAUUAUUUUGCAAGCGGUCAAUAGUAGUACAGGGAUAAUCUGGUCAUGGAGCACGUCUAAAUUAUUCAAAAAUCCUGUUUUACAGCUACUGGAUACAGGAAAUUUGAUUCUGAGAGAUGAGGAUCGCGAUUUUAAGAGCGAAGAAGAUUUUAUAUGGCAGAGUUUUGAUCACCCAGGAGACAAUAUGCUACCUGGCAUGAAGUUUGGAAUAGACCUGGUAACUGGUAUGAACAGGAUCUCUUCGUCGUGGACAAGUGUAAAUGAUCCAUCCCGAGGCAGUUUUACCAUUGGACUUGAUACGAGUGGUUUUCCACAAAUUCUUUUGUCAAAAGGUUCAGUAAUUCAGGCCAGGACCGGACGAUGGGAUGGUUAUAAGUUUAAAGGCAUUCCCAAAAGGAGUUUGAAUGGAAUUUUUAAAGACGAAUUUGUUUUCAAUGAAAAGGAAAUUUAUUACAGGUUUUAUCUCGUCAAUCCAACUUCUGCUACCAUGAGGAUCAUACUGACUCCAACAGGAAAUGUAAAAGUUCUUGUGUGGAAUGAUCAACAGCAAAUUUGGACAGUUUACUCUAGUCUAAUGGAUAAUGAUUGUGAUCGUUAUGGACUGUGCGGUGGUUAUGGGAUAUGUAAGAUAGACAAAACUCCAAGAUGUGAAUGCUUGAGAGGUUUUGUACCGAGAUCUCAAGAGAAGUGGAAAGCAGCAGAUUGGUCUAGUGGAUGCAUCCGCAAAACUAAUCUUGUUUGUGGGACCGAUGAGGGUUUUGUGAAAUAUUCGGGUGUGAAGUUACCAGACAUGCGUAGCUCUUGGUAUACUCUGAAAAUGAGCCUUCAAGAAUGUGAAAAAUUGUGCCUGAAAAAUUGCUCUUGUACAGCUUAUGCAAAUGCAGAUGCCAGAAGAGGUGGGCAUGGAUGUCUCUUAUGGUUUGGUGAACUGAUUGAUAUUAGCGACUAUGCUGAAGAUGGAGAAGAUAUUUAUGUAAGAAUGCCAUCGUCUGAAUUAGUAAAAAGCAGAAAGGGGAAACUAGAGUUCAUUCUGAUUACUGCUGUGCUAUUAGUGGUGCUAGUCGGCCUAAUACUUCUUUCAGUAUACAAGAAGAGAAAACUGAUGAAAGAAGAAAGCUUGAAAUUGGAUUCGGAAAGUGUUUCCCUGACCAAAAUUGAGAAUGAAGAUCUGGAGUUGCCAUUAUAUGACUUUGAAAGCAUUGCACAUGCCACAAGUAACUUCUCCCCGGAGAAAAAACUUGGAGAGGGUGGCUUUGGACCUGUAUACAAGGGCACAUUGACUGGUGGACUGGAAAUAGCCGUGAAAAGGCUUUCAAAAGAUUCAAGUCAAGGACUAGAUGAGUUUAAAAAUGAAGUUUCGUGUAUUGCCAAACUUCAGCAUAGAAAUCUGGUGACACUUCUUGGUUGCUGCACGGAGAAAGGAGAGAGGAUUUUGAUAUACGAAUAUAUGGCUAACAAAAGUCUAGAUUCGUUCAUAUUUGAUAGUAACGCUAGAAACACAUUGGACUGGCCGAAGUUAUACAACAUAAUAACUGGCAUUGCCAGGGGACUUCUGUAUCUUCAUCAGGAUUCAAAGCUAAGGAUCAUACAUAGAGAUCUUAAAGCCAGCAACAUUUUACUUGAUCAUGAUAUGAAUCCGAAGAUUUCAGACUUUGGAAUGGCAAGGAGUUUUGGAGGAAAUGAAACUGAAUCAAAUACAUCAAGAAUUGUUGGGACAUAUGGUUACAUGUCCCCGGAGUAUGCUAUUGAUGGACAAUUUUCUGUCAAAUCGGAUGUUUAUAGUUUUGGCGUUUUACUAAUAGAGAUAAUAACAGGAGUAAAAAACAGAUUAUUCAGUCAUCCUGAUCACAGCUUAAACCUUCUAGGGCAUGCAUGGCUGAGCUACGAACAAGACAAUCUAUUGCAACUCAUUGAUGGAGUGAUCUUGGAGUCCAACAACUAUUCUGAAGUCUUUCGAGUUAUACAAAUUGGACUACUCUGCGUUCAACAUGAUCCGGAGGACAGGCCAGUGAUGUCACAGGUGGUUCUCAUGUUGAGCAGUAACAUGAAACUGCCACAUCCCAAGCAACCUGGGUUUUUCAUGGAGAGAUAUUUGCUUAGACAAGACCAAUUUUUGAGCAAGCCCAAUUUGUCAUCAUCCACCCAAUUAACGAUUACCACUCUCCUACCUCGACAAUAGUUCUGAUUUUUCACAUGCCUUGAUUAAAAAUAUAACUGCUAUAUACUCUAAUACACUAAAGCUGUUAUAAGAUGAGUUUAAUGGGAUAAUUUAGUGUAUGCAAGCAUAUUUUAUUGUAAAACAUUAAAAGAUUUAGAUAUGUGCAAUGAAUUAACUGCCAACAUUUUGUUUUGAUCCAUC